AUGUCUAUGAUUAACAGAAUUGCAUUGAGAAGUGUUAGACCAGCCAUGGGAAUGACCUUCCGUCAAGCCCCAAUUGGUUUGAGAUACUUGUCAACCCCAGUUGACCCAAAACAAAAAGCCAAUUCCAUCAUUGAUGCAUUGCCAGGUAACAACUUGUUAUCUAAAACCGGUGUUUUGGCCACUUCUGCCGCCGCUGCCAUCUACGGUAUCUCCAACGGUUUAUUCAUCAUUCACGAUGAAACUAUCUUGCUUGUUACUUUCACCACCUUUGCAACCUUAGUUGCCAAAUUCGUUGCUCCAUUAUACACUGAAUGGGCCGAUGGUGAAAUUAAAAAGGUCAGUGACAUCUUGAACCAAUCCAGAAACAACCAUAUUGCAGCUGUUAACAAGAGAAUUGAAGCUGUUUCUGAAUUGAAGAAUGUUGUUUCUACCACUGAAGACUUGUUUGCUUUAUCUAAAGAAACUGCUCAAUUUGAAGCUGAAUCCUUUGCCUUGAAACAAAAAUUAGCUGUUUCUCACGAAGCUAAAUCUGUCUUGGACUCCUGGGUCAGAUUCGAACAACAACAAAGACAAUUGGAACAAGAACAAUUGGCUAAGGAAGUUAUUGACAAAGUUAACAAAGAAAUUGAAAAUCCAAAAUUCCAAGAAAAGGUUUUGGCUGAAUCUCUUAGUGAAAUUGAAAGAUUGUUUGCUAAAAACUAG